UUCACAAUGAAAUAAUAAUUGUUGAAUCUGAAAAGACACAUAUCCGGAAAGCCUGAUGGUGUACUUACUACAUGCAUAUGCUAAAAGUAAGGAAUGAGGGACAUCUUUGUGGUGAGUCUGUCGGUGGCAGACAUGGUGGUGGCAGUGUACCCCUACCCCCUGGCUCUCCUGGCCAUCUUCCACAAUGACUGGACCGUUGGGGACGUGCACUGCCAGCUCUGCGGCUUCAUCAUGGGCCUAAGUGUCAUUGGCUCCAUUUUCAACAUCACAGCCAUUGCCAUCAACUGCUACUGCUACAUUUGCCACAGCCUGCACUACAACUGCCUGUUCAGCACCAGGAACACCUGCUGCUACCUGGGCAUCACCUGGCUGCUCACUGCCAUGGCCACGGUGCCCAAAGUUCUUCGAAGAACCUUAGGGUUCUUGGCACUGAAAAUUGCCCCCAAAAGGUUCUUCCAAGAACCCCAUCCCAACUAA